CUGUCUAAAAAAGUAUGUCACUUGUGAUAUCGAUAUGUUUUAGUUUUUAUUAACAUUAAUUUAGUGAAAAAAUGUGGUCCGACACAAUUUUAAUUGUAUUUAUAUCGGUGUGCACCGCUUUCCUGGGUGAAGGACUCACCUGGGUGCUGGUUUACCGGACGGAAAAGUACCAAAAACUGAAGACCGAGGUGGAAAAGCAGAGCAAAAAGCUGGAGCGCCGGAAGGAGAUCCAUGGCGACUCCCUGGACAAGGCGGUGAAGAAGAAGAUCGAGCGGGACGAGGAGAAACUGAAGAACAACAACCGCGACCUGUCGCUGGUCAAGAUGAAGUCCAUGUUCGCCACGGGCUUUGCCUUCACCGCUUUGUUGAGCAUGUUCAAUAGCAUCUUUGACGGCCGGGUCGUCGCCCAGCUGCCCUUCACGCCCAUCUCCUGGAUCCAGGGCCUGAGCCACCGGAAUCUGUCUGGCGACGACUACACGGACUGCUCCUUCAUCUUCCUCUACAUCCUGUGCACCAUGUCCAUUCGCCAGAACAUUCAGAAGCUUCUGGGCUUUGCGCCAUCGCGUGCCGCCAGCAAGCAGGGAGUGGGUCUUUUUGGUCCUGCUCCCGGCCAGUUCAAAUAGGAAAUUCACAAUUAAUUAAAUUAGCUGCAUUUAGUCUUUAAUGCACCAUCAACAACAA